UCUUUUUUUUUUCUUUUUUCUUGCUCAAAUUGAAUGCAUCGGUAUAUAUUAAUUAUAUUUUUAUUACUGGAAAUAUUACAGCAUACGUAUAUACGAGGACAAAUCUAUUAUUGCUUAACGAUAAUGUAAUUAAUAUGUAAUUUUUAAUUACAUAAAAGCAACGUGAAAAAAUUGUUUAUAAAGCAAUUUCUUUGUGUUCUAGCAGACUAGCAAUGUAAUACAAUGUAAAAUUAAAAAAUUAUUUAAAGAAAAAAAAAUGAAAAACCUUAUUUGUAUGUUUUUAUUAUGUCUUAUUUUUUUUUAAAUAAUUUAAUGAUUAUAUGCUUUUAUUUUAUAAGAAAAAUUUAAUUUAUUUUCCCACUUCUUUGCCAAAACCUAAAGCAUGUGAAAGAAGAAAAAUUGUAAGAUAGAGCAGAAAGAAUAACUAAAAGUAAGACUGAAAAUGAGUAUAAUUAGAUGCUAAAAAAGAAGAUAUAGGCAUUAUAUAAGAUUAAGGCAUUAUAUAAGAUUUAUAAAGUUAGAUUAUAAAGUUGGAGCAAUAUCCAAAAAAAUAGAUAAGAUAUAAAUGAAUUAUUUGGGUGGUACCACGCAAACAAUUAAAUAAAUAAAUUAUAUGAAUAAAUAAAUAACUUAGUGGGAAAACCCAGUCAUUCGAAGUAAGAAUUAUAAUAGUAAUUUAAGUAUAAGAUUUAAGUACAAAAGGCAUACUUAAAUAAAUAGAGGUAAAAUGUGUUAAAUAUUAAUACACACAUGCGCACAUACAUAAAGACCCAUGAAAUAAUAUAAAAAGUAAUAUUCAUUAGUCGAUCGUGAAUAUACAGUAUAAAUUAACAAACAAAAGUUAAUAUUAAUGUUAAAAUAACUAUUACUCUAAGCAGUUCUGAAAAUUUAAUGGAAUAAAAUGCUUAGGAAGGCGACAACUAAUCCUAAACGGAAGAUCAUUGAUAUUAUAAUAGAAUAUUAACAUAUGGAUUGAUAUGAUCGUGAUUAUAAGCAUUAUUAACAAGUUUGGCUAUGGCGUCAUCAGUGUACUCGAUAUUAAAAAUUUCGUGUUUUUCAAUGGUUUUUAUCUUAUCAAGAAUUAUUGUUAGAAAUUUGUGUUUUGAGUUCUUUGAAUCUUUUAAAAGUGAGUGUGUACGACUGGGGCGCCCAAACUGAGGCUGCGUAAAGUAAUGUGGGUUUAGUACACAUUUUGUAUAUUAAAAGUUUAAAUUUUUGAUAUACGGAGAAAGUACAGAUUGCAUUGUCAUCAGUGUAAACUGCUAAAUGUGCGUUAUCUGAUUUUGGGAUAUCAUUAAUAAAAAUGUUAAAUAAGCUGGGGCCUAGUAUUGAACCAUAAAAGUUCUUUGUUGAAGAUAAUUAUAAAUAAUUUUGAUAAGAUAUUCUGGAAGAUUGAUGUUUUUAAGUUUAAAAAUUAAACCAUGCCCCACACACACACACACAGAAUCAAACGCCUUUUUUAAAUCCAGUAAGAUCAUGACAGAAUGUUUAUUUUUGUUCAUUUCUAUUGAAAUAAACUCUAAGACUCGAAGCAGUUGCAAGAUGGAAUGAUACUUCUUAAAUCCAAAUUGUUUGUUAAUUAUUACAUUAUUUAUUAAUUUGGUUUGGACAUGGUGCUUUGUUGUUAGGUAAGCGUUUUAUAAUUUUAUAAAUAUUAGAGUGAUAGAGUUGAUAUUAACUUGAGGUAAGGAUUUAUCGAGAAUUUGUAUGUAGUUAUAUAUUGACCUCAUUUUUAUGGUGAGGGGAGGGAAUAGGAGCUAUGAUGCACUGAUUAAAAGUUGUCUGCAAGAGCUCUGGCUUUGUCUUUGGAGCUGUAAAUUAUAUUGCUAUCAUACAUUAUAAACAGUGGGGCAGUAGUUCGUUUACGUUGGAGCGUUUUCAUGGUAUGCCAAAUGUUGUAAUCUUUGCUGGUUUUUAUAUAUACUUAAUUUUUUAAUUUUAUUUUCCCAAAAUUGCAUUUUAAGAGAGCUGACUUUGUUUUUUAUUAUAUUAUUAAUGUUUCUGAAUAUUUUGUAUUUCCAAUAGCCCAUUCCAAUAAUUUUUUGAUACUUGCGUCUAUAACAAUUGCGCAACUUAUUAUAAUUGUAUAAUUUAGCUCGGUAUUAUUUGCAAUUUUAGUGUCAUAAAAUUUACGAAUUAGUUUUUUUUGGGAAAAAGAUUUUUUUAAAGAUUUAUGUAGAAAUUUUUGUAAUUCAAUAAUGUAGUUGUUAAUUUGAUCGCGGGAGUGAAGAUUAUAAGUGAUUUUUAUUAGUGUUGUCCUGAUAAUUAUUCUAAUUUGUUUUGAUUAAAUUUUUUUAAAAUAUAAUGUAUGUUAUCAAGCUCCAAAAAAACUGGAAAGUGAUUUGAUGAUAGAUCUUCAAUGGUAUAAUAAUUGUGUAUGAAGGGAAAAUUUUUGACUAGGAAAAAAUCUAUGUUAGAAGGAGUCUACCAGAAGCUUUAUAUGAAAUAAACUUGAAUGUAUUAAUGAAAUAUUAUUUUUAUUUAUAUAAUGUAAAAGUUUAAUUCUUCUCGCGUUAUUUGUGAAAUUGUUUCACUUUGUAUGUUUGACAUUAUAGUCUCUACCAAGUACGAUUGGAGAGCAAAUAUCUUUAAAAACAUCAUCCAACAAAUCUAUUGGAAAUUUAAUGGAUGGAGACAAAUAAAUAGCUCCGAUAGUUAAAUUAAUUUUAGCUGAAAUAUUAAUCAAUAAUACUUCUCUUUGGAAAAGAAGGCGUUGGUAAAAUAUUAUGUUCGAGUUCUUUAGCAAAAAUAGUCAUACAAAGGUCCACUCAAGCCACUUCUUAAAUUAUUUUUUAUAUGUUCUGUAUAUUUUAAUAUACAAUGUUUUGACGAUGUUUAUUUGACACAUAUUAACAUAAAUAUGAUGCAGAGAACUCGUGGGCGGAGCAUCUCUGCGCUUUUCCCUCCACUCCCUUCCUGUAAUUUUUCUUAACUCUAAACCAACCGAUUUUAAAUCGCUACUUAGCUACAAUUUCAAAUCGCAAACUCACGUGGUAUAGUACAAGCAUGGUCAUCAUUUCGCUCUGUAAGCAAGGGGGAGGUCUAUUAAGCUGUCUAAGCCAAAUCAGAAUGAAAAAAACAAUACAUGGAAAUUUUUUGCAAAUUAUUUGCUUUUUUUGUUGUUAAAAGUAAUUUUUUUGCUGCAACCAUAAAAAAAUACAAGCGGCUAGAUAGCUUAAUAUUAAGCAAUCCAGCUAUUUGAAAAAAUAGCAUAUCCAUACAUCACAGCAAAAAAAAAAUACAUCUCUAAUUUUUGCUACUUUUUUUUACUACUCUUGCGAUGAGUAAGAUGUGCAAAUAAUGAUAAAAAAAUUAACGAGACCGAAGCUACAAGAGUAAAACAUAUAUAAAAAUCCUUUAGCAAAAUUAGUUGCUCCCAUCACAAUUACAUCGUAUUGUCACUUAAUUUAUUUGCUCUCGAUAUGUGCUGGUCACAAAUUUUUUGCUUGCGAAAUAAGAUGUGCAAAUAAUGAUAAAAAAAUUAAUGAGGCCAAAACUAUGAGAGUAAAGUCCUUUAACAAAAUUAGUUGCUCCCAUCACAAUUACAUCGUAUUAUAUCAGUAUGACUGGUAUUAUUUUUUGAUUUGUAAUUUUGCUGGUGCCUUUUGCAAGACCAUCAAAUUCUUCCCAUUUUCUGUUUGGUCGCUGGCAUAUGGCAGUAUAGUGCCCAAUACCUUUGCGGGGAGUACUCAUGUAUCAUAUUACUGCACAUAAUUUUCUUUUUUCGUUUUUUUUAUUUGUUAUAUAUUUUGAUAACUCCUGUAACGUGUAUCAUUUUGUAGCGGAAAUAUUUAUGAGUACCAAGUUAAGUCUGUAAUAAACAUAUAUAAAAAUUUUAUUAUAUAAUAUUUAAACUUUUUAUCUUUAUAUUUUCCUGUAUACCUUAUUUUCAAAAAUUCUCUGAUUUUUGUCUGUGACAGAUGCUGCAUUUUUGUUUAUGUAAAAAUGCUUCUUCUAUUUCGUUUAAUUGAAUAUUUUCUUCCUUAAGUGAUUUUCUUUAAUAAAUAACGUCUGACAUUGAUAAUUUAAUAUAUCAUUGCAUUCGUUUUUGCAUUUAUUGAUGUAGUAUAGAAAACUAUUGCUAAUGAAUUUUAGUAAUAGUUCCUCUACGUUACUCGUAGUCAAUUACGCUCUGUUUCAAUUGCUCAUUGUAUGCAACAACUUUUAGAUAGCCAUUAUUUCACUUCUUUUUUUAUAGGCUUCAUUCGUGAUGCCACGCAGAUACAGAUAUUUACUUAUGCUUAUACAGAUUAUUAUUUUUCUACUAAUUUCACUUUGCAAAUGGUCAUUUGAUGCGUAAUCGUUUGGUGGUCGCAAAUUUCGUAAUUAAAACGUUUGGUGGUUAAUCUUGUCGUCGAAUAAAAUCCAUGCGUAUUGCGUUCUUGGAAUAUUGGUUCUAUCCAAAAUCGUUUUUUACUAUAAUUUUUCCGUUUUUGUAAUUUAUAAUAUACAUAUUGCAGCUAAAGUUGCUUUACGUUGUUUAUCUCUUUCAUAUAAUUUUAUAGUAUGUACACUCAUUAACCAAGUAUGGUAUUUAUUUCGGAAUGACAUAUUUAAUAUACACAUACACUAUAUGUAUACUACAAAUAUAUGAAUAAAAUUUCACGCUAUGCUCCUCUUCAUGAGUUUUUCACUAUCCAGCGUCAAUUUUGAUCACGUGAUCUGUCUGAAAAAGUACCUUUACAGGUUGUAAUGAGGAUGCCCGUGAGCCGAUGCCGUGAGCCGAUGCGUUGUGGUUAGCAUGAGUCUCGCGAUGGUGAUGUACCAGGGCUUGUAUUCCGUUCCUGCCCCCCGACAACUGUCGGUUCGGUAUGCUAACGACGUUUGUCGUUUGCACUAUCAACAAAGAUGAGUUGAGGCUAUUCCGAAAAUCUCUUAUACCGACAUUUAUCGUUGCAAGCGACAAUCUUCGCUACAGCUUGGUCGCUAAUAUACAGGCACAAUCAAAAGUUCAAAAAGAUAAUUUUCAGCCAAUAGUAUGAAGGUUUUAGGAGAAAGAUUAAACAUUCACGUCAAUUGUAGAAAAGAUGGAUUCGCAAGAUACGUAAGUUUAAAAAAUAUAUGAUAAUAUAAAUAUGCACCUUCAUAUAGUAACGGAUCGACGAAUUCUAUUCGGUAUAAUAAUAAUCAAAUAAUUAGAUACUUAAAAAUGUUUUUAACCUCUCUUUAAUGUCACAUUAUUUAUUUUAUCGUAACACAUUUCAUACAGCACAAAGUGUCUUAAGAUUGACAUAACUAUAUAUGUAACAUAUAUGUACUCUAUAAAUAAAUUUAUAUUAAUUUGCAUAUAUAUUAUGUUUAUUUUAGUACACAUUCAAAGAAGAAAAAUCGUUCAACGAGAACGACAGCUAUGCAAUAUGAAGAACUUGUAAGGUAUAUGGAAACGCAUUCUGAUUUUGCAUCAUGCAGAUAUGUAAGCAAAGAGGGAAAAGUUCAUCACGCCCAGCAGUGGGAAAAUGUUGCAGCAAUGCUGAAUGCAUUGUCGAAUGGCUCGGGAAAAACAGUGGCAGACUAUUUCAGACCAACCAUGUUCGGCAUUUUACAAUCUCAACAUUAGGAUAUGAAUAUUUGCGUUUGAAACAAAAUCGAUCACUGAUACAGACAUUAGAGAAUUACAAGCUACUCCAUAUUUGGGUACAACGACAGUCACGUUAUUCAAUAACUUCUAAAGAAGUUCUAACAAACAGCGCUUCGAGCAAAAGAGAAAUUUUACAUCAAAUCAUAAAUAGUAAUAAAGAGAAUGUGAUUCCCUUGUUAAAGGAUUAUUGUUACAGCUUCGGAUUUCAUUUCAACGAUUCCUUUUUUCUUUAUUUACAAAUAUUACUAAAAACCUGGAAUCCCACAAUAACCUGGAAUCCAACAAUAACCACUUCGAAUACAGGUGUAAAUAAAGAGCUACUUAUCUGUAAAAAUGAAGUUGAUGAAUUAAGGAAGAAAUGUAAUACAAUUGUUGCGCAAAUGGAAGAUAAAUCUAUGUUGAACCAAUGUAUCUCUACAUUAUGGGAACACAUCACGUUUUACUAUUAUGAAGUAUUCGUUAUAUUAAUGGAUCUCAUAGGAGAUAAAGAUAUAAAGAAGAGAAAUUAUCUCUACUUCUUGCAGAAUUAUACUCGAAGCGGGUUAUUUAUAAUUUUUGUUUACAAUGGUGUUACGUCCGGCGGGGGUUUUAGGGAGCGUAUGAGCGGAAUGAUAAAGAAAGCGAACGAAAACGAAUAUUAAUUUAACUCGUUUAUUUUAGGUAAAACUAAUCUCAUUCGGGCCGGGAUAACUGUAUCCGACCUUACUGGUCUGAUUUCAAUUAUUACGGGCCCUUGAUAGCCCGAUUGGAGAGGAGUGCCUUGAUUGAAGGGCACGAUCGUCGGCCGUAGAUGGUCCGGCGUUAGCGGCAGCCUCGUGGGGAGGCGGCGUUGGCGGUGUUGGCGCGCGAGCCGAAAAAAGCUUCCGAGGUGUCGGGAGAGGUGCCGCUGGCGCUCUGACUAGGCCCUGAGAGAGUGGAGGCAAGAAUACCCGCGGGUUGAACACUCCUCCGGACUCGUAUUCGGCCUGGAGCCGCUUCAAUUGAAUAUGGCGUCCGGCUCGCCGUGAUCUGCCCAUUCUGAACGCAGUAAUGCCAUCUUUAUAAUUAUCGUGCGUAAAACGCGUGGUUCGAUAUUGCCAAUAAAUGAAGAUGGGAUAGGGAUAUCUUUAUUUCGUGAAUAAUUUAACCGCUUGAUCGCCUUACAAUUAAGCUGGCACAAAAGAUUCGCACGGAAAUGCUCAGGCGAUCAGAGAGAGAAAGAGAGAGAGAGAGGGUCAGCGUCCGAUCCCUCUGAGGUAACGCGAAAAACGCGCUCUCGCAGGGGAAACCGGGGUGGCCGCGCUAUCGGGGAAGACGCGCGGACGUCGCGAGUCCUCCCGAUGCGCGAGCGAAUCUUACUCUCCUCCGUAGAACUCUUCACUAGGCGAAAAGGGGAAAGAAACCCCAAAAAAAUAAAUCGCUCAGAAUUAGAAAUAAUCACUCACUUUAUAUAUAGAAAAAAAAAAAAGGGAAACAGCGUUGAACUCUAGCAUCUUUACACACUUUUUCUUACACUCGCUCGCAAUCGGAUCUAUAUAAUAAUAAAAUAAAAAAAAGAAAAAAACGUAAGAAAUGGUUAGGUGCGGAAGUUGCCGCCUCGAUUCACACAGAUUGAGUAUGAAACUACAGAAAUAAUUAAAGAUCGAAAUUCACUAUUUUUAUUCUCACUCAAACGGCUAAGUCCGGAGUAUAAUCUUGCGGAAAUAAUCAAAAUCCGAAAUUCGCAAUUUGAUUUCACUCUCGAACGGCUAAAGGCGCUUUUUCAUGCUGCGAAUAAUUCGCUGCGAAUUGCGAAUUGCAAGCAGUUGCGAAUAGUUGCGAAUAGUUACGAAUUGACAAAUGUGAAAUCACGAAUAACACGUUAAGUGCAAACAACUAUAAGUAAAAUAAAAGUAAAUAAAUAUUGAACUAAUAAACAAUAGUUUAAAUAUAUUUUUAAAUAUUUAUAAGUAUAAUUAAUCUGUUUAACUAGGUACAGUCUCUUAAAUUAUGGAAAAUUUGAUUCAGGAAGAUUGGAUAACUAAUACCCAAAACAAUUUGUUAAAACAUACUGUAGAAGUAGUUUAUAAUUAUUUAUAUAAUGAAA